UUGCUCUUCUCAAUUUUUCUUUCCAUUAAGCAAACACUGAACUCUAAUCUUUCUCUACAAUGGGUUCAAGAUCAAAUCUUCUACCAUUACAUGGAGACUUGAAAAAAGCACCGAUUAGUGAGAUACGAACAUUUGACAAAGAGCAAGAAAAGGUGAAGAAAUAUUUGUCAAAAUUUAAUGGAAACAUUAGUCUUUCAACAGAUGCACUAAGAGCUGUGUCAAUGGAUCAAUAUCUUAGUGUAAAUAUUCAUUUCAUCAAUGAUAAUUGGGAAUUAAAAAAAUGGGUUAUUGAAUAUUGCUGUCUUGAUGAAUUGGAUGUGAAAAUCAAUCCAAAUAAUGUGAUCAAGAACGCUCUGGAAGAAUAUGGUAUUGAUGAGAAAUUACUCACUGUAACUCUUUCUGAGUUUCUUGAAUUCAAAAUCUUUGCUAAAUUCUUGAGGUGUGAAACUAGAUCAAAGAGGCGACUCCCCUUGAACGGUCAACUGUUUACUGUGCAUUGCAGCUCUGAAAUCAUAAGUAUGACAAUGAAGAAGGGUUUCGAGGGGAUUCAAAGUAUCAUUAGCAAAGUGAAACGAAUAUAUUGGCCUGAGUCAUUACCCUUGUGGAAUCUCACAAGUGACAAGCUUUCAGAAGCCAUGGUGAUGGAGGCAGAGGGAUUGUUUCGUUGGCUCGAUCCUUCGUGUAGUGGCAAAGUAGUACCAUUAAAGGAGGAUUGGGACAAGGUUAAGGGUGUGUGCACAAUAGCAAACAGAAUGUAUGAAAUUGUUAAAGGAUUAUUUGAGAUUGAGAACCCGACAGCAAAUCUUUUCCUACCUUAUAUGCGUGAGAUUCUAGUUUACCUUACCGAAGAAUCAGAGAAUUCUGAUGCAUUUGUGAGUUCUGUGGCAACCAAUAUGCUAGAAUACUAUAAGCGAUUCUAUAAUGAUAUGCAUUUAUUAUAUUCGAUUGCUGCAUUUCUAGACCCUCGUUACAAAUUGAAACUUGUCAAUUUUUGUCUUUCUGACACGAAUAGAACUACUGUCAUUUUAGACCAUAUUCGUGCGAUAUAUAAUGGUUAUGCAGUCAGUGGUACAAGUUCUGAGAAUGAGGAAGAGAAUGGGGAUAAGAAACCCGAAAAGGUGGAUGUAGAAAAGAAGUACUGUCUGUCAAUUCGUUCCACGGAUGAUAAGCCUUCAAAGUUGGAUUUGGAUUUGUAUCUGGAAGAGCCUGUGUUUCCAUGGGUGAAGAAUUUUGAUGUGUUGCAAUGGUGGAAAUAUAACUGUUUUAAGUUUCCUCAGCUCUCGAAAAUGGCUCAAGAUUACUUGGCUAUUCCUUUGUCUGUUGUAUCAUGUGACGAAGCUUACCUUAUGGAGGAAAGGAAGGCUGAUAAUACUCUGUCGACUUAUAGCCCUCUACUGCUGAAAGCCGUUCAGUGCCUAAAGAGCUGGAAUCCUGAUUUUAAAGUCGUUCCUGAUACCAAAACUUGGAAUCCUGAUACCGAAUGAUUUACGAGUACUUUUUGUUCGCGGUCAAAUUCAUAACAAGGAGAUUGAAUAAUAGGCUUUGGAUCUCAAAGUAAAGCUUGUAGUGUAGUAGUUAGAAAUGUAGAGAAUUACUAGUAUGAAACAUGAUUUGGCUGUUGUUUUCGGUUUUAUUGUUGUUAAAAAUGUUGCUUGCCAUGGAUGUCCAAAUAUAGAACUUUUAUCUUCUUCUAUGUGACUAUCAUCAGUUCAAUUCAUACUGUAUACAUACAAUACUGUAUACAAACAGUCCCCACCCGUUGGCUGUUUGAAAGGCUAGGACAGAGC